AAAAUUCCUUAAACAGAUACUCGUUUUGCUAUAUAUACAACAAAAUGUCACUCACGCUCUCAAAUUCAUUUGAGAUUUAGUAGUGAUCAAGAGACAAUUCUAAUAGUAAUCAUGAAAUUUGUUUUAGCGUUUGUGCUGUUGAUCGGUAUUUCUUGCCAAAUUGGACGAGGGGAUUGUGCUCCUGAUACACUGUAUGAAGAUGUGAAAGGAUUGAUGAGUGAUGGUGUGCAGUAUGUUAAAAAUACAUAUAACGAAUACAUGCCGAAUAUGCCAGACAUAACUCCAGAUUUGCCUUCGGUACCGAUACCAGACUCAGUGAAGAGUGGAUAUGAGACCGUCAAAGAUGGUUUGGGAAGUAUGGCGGAAGGAGCUGGAGAAAUGGCAAAAGAUACCAUGGACGGUAUCGCAAAAAAUAUAGAUUAAGUUUAACGUCAUACUUAGAAACAAAAACAGUAGAUAAAUAUUAAUAAAAAUACAAAAGAUUUCUUUAAUAUAAUAUAAUUUUUUUGUUAUUAAAAAUAUAUAAAUAUGUUUAAUAAUUUGAAAUUUGAAUAACUUUAAUUUAUAGCAGUAAUACAAAUGUUAUACAAUUUAAUCUACAUUUUUAUGUGUCUAAAAUAAAAAGUUCAUAAAUAUUAAUUUCAACACCACUAUUAUAAUUAAUACAAUAAAUAUUAAUAUUUAAACUGAUAUUAUCUAAUUUUUAUUAUAAAACUAUGAUAAUAAUAAUAUAAUAAAUAAUACAAUGCAUUAUUUA